UUGGAGAGGACACCUGUUAAUAGUUAAUUAGCUUUGUGCCGGUUUUGUGGGAAAAUUCAUAGCAGCUUAUUAAGUGAUAACGUAUUCUUAUCAAUAAGGAAUGGGAAUAAAAUAAGCAAAGAUUAUGUUAUAAAAUAUAUACAUAUGAUAGCCAGUUUGCUCUAUUCUCUGGGGGUAAACUGAAAAAAUGCCGAAUCGAGAUUUCGUAGUUUUCUGAAAAUUCAACUGGGAAAUUCAACUUUCAAAAAAAAAAUAAAAAAAAAUUACGGAGCCUGUCUACUGAAAAUUCCCAUUAAAUAUCGAACUUAAAUUCCAAAUCAAUAAACGUUUAACUCAAGCCCUCCCCAUAAAUCUUUGCGGAAAUCUAUGCACAAUCAAAAUUAUUCAAUGCAAAAUCGAACGGCAAUCUAAAAAUAAAAAAAAAAAAUGCUAAACGCAUUUCGUCGAAAAUUUCGUAUAGCAUUUCAGCGUACCGUUGUGUUGGCCGUAAUGGCAGCUAUUUUUGUCCUAGGAUACUCAUAUAUCAAUUUGGAAUUUUGCUAUAAAAUUAUGUCGCAGAAUAGUUUAACGUAUAUGUGUAAGAAAUACAAGAAUUUGGAAUACAGUGGCUCGUUGUGCGAGGAGUUGUGCACCAAUGAAGAUUCUUUUCGAGACUUCAAAUGUCCGCAAAAUGAAAUGCGUACAACGGUCUUUACGGCCGAGAAAAAUGGUGACGUUUACGCUAUUAAGCUGUCAAGGCAUAUUAAAGAUGAUCUCAGCUGGACAAAUAGUCUUGGUAAUCAAGUUUAUCCAAAAAUUGAAAAUUUUCAUCGCAUUGUUAAAAUGCAUAUAACUUUAAGUUAUAAUGUUACCUUAGACGAUAAUAUGAUACGCGCUUUAGUUAAUCAGGAAAUUGAUAAAAAUAAUCCCCAACAAAUGUUUAAUUUCUGGCGACUAUUUAAGGACAAUAACUACAUGAUGAGCAAAUUGUUUGAUGAGGAAAAUCUAUUUCCAACAAUAUUGGGUUCCUGCGGUCCCUACUAUGCAACCGAAAAUUUAAACAUAUUGAAAACUGAUCAAAGUUUAUUGCAAUAUUUAUCAUUUGAUUGGCAUAAACGCUUAAAGUUCGCUUUAAGCAUUAUGGAGUAUAUAUUUCGUUUGGAUGAGAUUAAGCCGGAACCACUGAAAAUGUGCAAAAUGAAACUAAAUUUAUUCGGUUUAACCAGUGACAAGCGCAUUAAAUAUCAAUCGGCUGAAUAUGUGCAAGUUGAAAGUCAACUGGACCGCCAUUUGUCUAACGGUCAAAAUUGCGAGGAGGAUAGCGAUUGCAAUUGGCAUUCGUGUAUGGGUUUAUGUGAUCACAAAAAGUCUCAAUGCAUUGGUAUCCAACAGAAUAAUAACAUGCAGAUCUUUUGCGAUCAUAUACUAAGAGGCGGCGGACUUUUUCCGGGACUUUUAGCUUCGGCGAAGACUCCUAAAACGUUAAUGAAACUUGUCAAAAAUUGCAUAGAUCCUUCGAAAUCGCCCAACUAUCAUCUGCCCGAAAGACCCCAUGCGGCGAACACAGAAUUGGCAUUACGUUUAUAUAAUGAAAUGAAACGUUUACAAAAAGCGGCCAGCAAUAGAGACAGAACUUAAAUAAGUGCAAAUGGAGAGGCCGCAUAUAAAUGCAAAGACCUUAUUGUUCUCCUGAGCAUUCCUUAUAACAAAAAAAAAAAAAAAAAAAAAAAAAA